UCACUCCCACUACGGCCGGCUUCUCCUCACCGCACUCAUCAACCGGAGGAAAGAACAACAACCCAUGGCCCUUCCCGGCCAACUGCUCCCUUUGACCCGCUCGCUCCUGCCCCCUUCCGCUCCUCCCUUCCUCUCCGGCCGCCGCCGCCGCCUUCCUCCCGCCCGAGCUCAAACUCCGGCCCCGCCUCCAUGGCAGCCUCGCCGUCUACACGGCCACCUCCUGCUUCCUGCUCCUCUCCAGCCGCUCCGGCCUCUGGCCAGGAACCCUCCCGCUACUGCGCCUCCUGGGGCUUCCGCCGCCGGUGGAGGCGAGGCCCAGGCUGUGGCGGUGGAGUUCGUGACAUCUGAGAGGGUGAAGGUGGCGGCGAUGCUGGGGCUGGCCCUCGCGCUCUGCAACGCCGACCGCGUCGUCAUGUCCGUGGCCAUCGUCCCGCUCUCCCAGGCCUACGGAUGGACCUCGUCCUUCGCCGGUGUCGUGCAGUCAUCCUUCCUUUGGGGAUAUCUGAUAUCACCAAUAAUUGGUGGAGCACUUGUUGAUUACUAUGGAGGGAGGCGAGUCAUGGCUUAUGGCGUGGCUUUAUGGUCCCUGGCUACAUUCCUAUCCCCUUGGGCAGCUGCUCGCUCUCUGUGGUUGUUCAUCUCAACUAGAGUUCUGCUGGGUAUUGCAGAAGGAGUGGCACUGCCAUGUAUGAACAACAUGGUAUCAAGGUGGUUUCCUCAAACAGAACGAUCUAGUGCUGUCGGGAUCGCCAUGGCUGGCUUUCAGCUUGGAAAUACCAUCGGGUUACUUCUUUCACCUAUUAUAAUGUCACGAGUGGGAACUUUUGGACCAUUUGUCAUAUUUGGCUUAUUUGGAUUUCUUUGGGUGCUGGUGUGGAUAUCUGCUAUAUCAGGCACUCCUGCUGAACACCCUCAAAUAUCAGCUUAUGAACUAGAGUAUAUAACCAAGGGUCAGAAAUUGGUGAAACCCCAAAUUCGAAGUGAAAAAUUAGGAAAGGUCCCUCCUUUCAGCAAACUACUCUCUAAAUGGCCAACCUGGGCUUUAAUUUCUGCAAAUGCUAUGCAUAGCUGGGGAUAUUUCGUCAUCCUUUCAUGGAUGCCAGUGUAUUUCAAAACAAUAUUUCAUGUCAAUCUGAGAGAAGCUGCAUGGUUUAGUGCAAUCCCCUGGGUCAUGAUGGCAGUUUUAGGCUAUGUGGCUGGUGUUGUAUCAGAUACGCUUAUCCGAAAUGGUACAAGCAUUACUUUAACUCGGAAGAUAAUGCAGACAAUUGGCUUUGUUGGUCCUGGUAUUGCUCUUCUUGGCCUAAAUGCGGCAAAGAGUCCAGUCAUUGCUUCAGCUUGGCUCACGAUUGCUGUUGGUUUGAAAUCCUUUGGUCACUCAGGAUUCCUAGUAAACCUUCAGGAGAUUGCCCCACAAUAUGCUGGAGUGCUACAUGGAAUGUCAAAUACGGCUGGAACAUUUGCUGCCAUUUUAGGAACUGUUGGAGCAGGUUUCUUUGUUGAUCGGAUGGGUUCUUUCCGUGGAUUUUUGAUAUUAACAUCACUUCUAUACUUCAGCAGUGCACUGUUUUGGGAUAUCUUUGCUACCGGAGAGCGUGUUGAUUUUGAUGGCACUGGUUAGCACCAAAGAGGAAAUAUACAGUAAUUAUCCUAGAACAUAACAUCAUGAUUUGAUGAUUCAUUGGAAAGUGUUGUGCAGUCACUAGUACAAGAAAGUUCCAUGCUGUAUGAACAGUGCAGCUAUGACAAUUGGACUGGAGUACAACUUAGUGGAUGUAUGUGGUGACUGGUGAGGUGUGUUGGCUUAUCUUGGAGCUAGUGUAUCCAAGACAGAUAAUGAACCGGCUACUGAGAGUCUGAGACCAUUCAAGUUGUUCUGCUGGCCAUAUGUCCGAAUUAUGAAUUUCGAGUGUCAAGGAUACCUGAAGCAGUAUCAGAGAAUAAAUACUAGUGUAGGUUGUCAGACUAGGAGAGGCAAACUGUCAAGUAGUGGUAGAAAACUGAAAAUGAUUGCCAGGAUGGUUGGAAGCUUGGGUCCAGCAUUGUUGUGUGAGGUGAGAGUUGGCAUUGUUUAAAAUUGCUAGUAGAUGUAAUGCCAUGUAAUGUCAUGAUUAGGGAAACUCACAAACAUAGCGAACUUGUUGAGGGUGUGAAGGCCACAAAAUAAGCAAUGGAGGAGCUUUUAAAUCAAUUAAUUUGUGAUGAUUUAUGGA